UAGCCUGUGGCACACGCACGCGCACACACGCACGAGCGCAGCGGGAUGUAACAGCUGUUUAUUCCUCUCGCACGCACGCACGUCAGGUUAUUCGCACGCUUCUGGAUCUUUAAACCCGCGGAAGCGCACGCGCUGUUCCGGAUCAGAGAGAGCAGCCGCCGGUGCGUUUGACGCGCGUCUCUGUCUCGCGCUACUCGCGACGCGAUCCGGUCUCAGAGGAGGAGGAGGAGGAGGAGGAUGAUGUCCGAGGAAGAGGUCCUGAUCCCGGAUGACCGCGCUUUUAGCCGGUUUAAACACGAGUGUGAGUCCGAGGAAGACUGGAGUCUCACCUACAACAAGAGCAGCAUCUGCGUCUGGAUCCAGGUGCUGCAGGAGGAGAGGAGCUUGCACCGGAUCAAGUGUCGAAUGCUGUGUAAGGACAUCCCAGCUGAGACUAUGUACGAUGUGCUCCACGACAUCGAGUAUCGGCGAAAGUGGGACGCAAAUGUCAUCGAGACGUUUGACAUCGGCAAACUGACAGUCAACGCAGAUGUGGGCUAUUACUCCUGGAAGUGUCCUAAACCGCUGAAGAACCGUGAUGUCAUCACCCUGCGCUCCUGGCUGCCGAUGGGCAACGAUUACAUCAUCAUGAACUACUCCGUCAAACACGCUAAAUAUCCUCCUAAGAAAGAUCUGGUGCGAGCCGUUUCCAUCCAGACGGGAUACCUGAUCCAACGCACUGGCCCCACCAGCUGCACCUUAACAUACCUGGCACAGGUGGACCCGAGAGUGUCUGAGACUCAUUAUCAGUGUGAAAAGAGACAGUAA